UCUUGUAUUUUUUUUAUUUCGAUAGUUUUUUGCGCGUCGUUGAUUUGCGCUGCUUUGCUCUAUAGUCUAUGGUUGUACUAUGGCUGCAGUAGCCACAACGGUAGUUGCGCGGUAUUGCGUGAUACUAUCGAAUUUUUAAUAACUAUGGCUAAAGGUGAUAAAGAACUGGAAAAACCCAUUGUUAAUAAUGAAUUACCAAACCCGGAGUGUCGUAGUGCAGAUCACGAAGACUCGGAAUCGACACAAGAACAGCCCCUUGACAUAGGAGAGCAUUAUUUAGUGCGGCGUUCAGAUGAGUCAUGGCACCCGGCGGAGAUAAUCCAAACGCGGUACAACGCCGCGGACUCCGGCUUCGAAUACUAUGUGCACUAUGUGGGCUACGACCGAAGGCUCGAUGAGUGGGUUUCCCGCCAUCGCGUCAUGUCCGAUAGGUUUGACAUGUGCGAGCAGACGAAUAACAAUUUGAAUUCCGACCACCUGCUCACCGACAAGUCCGGCCGGAAGAUAACGCGGAAUCAGAAACGUAAACAUGACGAGAUCAACCACGUCCAGAAGUCUUAUGCAGAAAUGGACCCCACGACCGCUGCACUCGAGAAAGAACAUGAAGCCAUCACGAAAGUCAAAUAUAUCGACAAAAUUCAAAUAGGAAAGUACGAGAUCGAUACUUGGUAUUUCAGUCCUUAUCCUGAUGAAUAUGGCAAACAGUCCAAACUAUGGAUAUGCGAAUAUUGCUUAAAAUAUAUGAGAAUGGAGAAAACAUACAGGUAUCAUCUAAGUGAGUGUACAGCAAGACAACCACAGGGCAGUGAAAUAUACAGAAAAGGCACCAUUGCAAUCUUUGAAGCAGAUGGGAAAGAGCAUAAGAUUUAUUGCCAGAAUCUAUGUUUACUAGCAAAGUUAUUUUUAGACCAUAAAACAUUGUAUUUUGAUAUAGAACAGUUCUUAUUCUACAUCCUGUGUGAAGUGGACAAGCAGGGUGCACACCUAGUUGGAUACUUUUCUAAAGAGAAGGACUCUCCCGAAGGUAACAACGUAGCUUGUAUACUAACCCUACCUCCGUACCAGAGACAAGGCUACGGCAAGCUGCUUAUUGCUUUUAGCUAUGAGCUCUCAAGAUUAGAGCAAGUGGUGGGUAGUCCUGAGAAGCCUUUAUCAGACCUUGGCAAGCUCAGUUACCGAUCAUACUGGUCCUAUGUGCUAUUGGAAGUGUUGAGCGCAAGUCGGGGCACAUUGAGCAUCAAAGAUCUCAGUCAAAUGACAGGAAUAUCACAAACAGACAUUAUAUCUACACUCCAGUCUAUGAACAUGGUGAAAUACUGGAAAGGUCAGCAUGUAAUCUGUGUUACUCCAAAAAUAGUUGCAGAGCAGCUUGCUAGCUCUCAUUUCAAGAAGCCUCGGCUGUGUGUAGACCCGUCGGCAUUGAGGUGGGUCCCUCCGAACAAGCAGGGGCAUUCGGCUAAGGCUAAAAAGUAGUACAGGCUAACAGGCAGGGCCUAGAGGAGAUUACACCGUUAGUUGCUACCAAAGGAUUCUCUAGGUACAGGCCUGUUUCAAACUUUAUUUUACAACUGCAUGCAGUGAGGACUCUUGACUAGAGUAUUAUUAUUGAUAGCUUAUUAUGAAAUUAGUAAUUAUGCAGUUACACUUACCCUGCAGCCUCAUUUUCAUGCCAAGUUGAAUAUUGCCACUUGUUUAGUAAUUAUAGAGAACAUUAUUUGUUAAUUAUGUGAUUGGAUUUCUGCAUACAGUCUGUCUAAAAAUUGUAUUCCAUCUAUCCAAUUUCUUGUUCCAAUGUGUAUUUGUGUCUCACAUUCUGCUUAAUGAGAGAGUAAGAUGCAAUGACAUUGGACCAAGAAAUUGGAUACUUUUAACUUUAACUUGAACAGAACAAAGUGCCCUGGAGUGUCAUUAUUAAUGUAAUAUUUACAAAGGAAUUUGACAUGAAUCAUGACAUUGUCACACUUUAUUUAAUUGUAUUGUCACACUUCAUCAUUGCAAAUGCGAGUGAAUUGCAAAUUCUUAGUGCAUAGUUAAGGACCUGUAAUUAAUGUAAAGUUAAUUGAUGUUAUGACAAUUAAGCCAUUUCUGUUUAAGUCAUAUGCAUGAAAGCGUUUUUGUGUAUGCUAUAGACUUUGUGUAUGAAUUACUUCCUCCCGCGCACGCUCCGGUUGUGGAAUGAGCUACCUGCCGAGGUUUUCCCGAGGGUCUACAGUAUGAGGUUCUUCAAAAAAGGAGUGUACAGAUUUUUAAAGGGUCGGCAACGCGCAUGUAACACCUCUGGAGUUGCAGGCGUCCAUAGGCUGCUUACCAUCAGGCGGGCCGUAUGCUUGUUUGCCAACGUCGUGGUAUAAAAAAAAAAUUAAAACUUUCACGGCCAAGAACAUGUAUGUGUGUUCAUUUUGUACUGGAAACGGGGCGCCCUGCACUAAAAGAGUCAAGUAAAGUAAAUACAGUAUAGAACAAUUUAAAUGGUUAAUUUUCGUUAUACAAAUGAAUCAAUUAACUUAUGUAAGGCUAAUCACAGCUUCUUAACUAUGCUUAAUUACGUACAAUUUUUUUUGUAAUUCACCUAUGCAGAGUUAUCUUGGUCUGACUAACAUACUAGGCAUAUUUUAAAUAGUAGGUAUUUUUAUUCUCUCUAUUAAUAUUUUCUCCCAAUAGGCGGGUUCACACAGAGCGAGCAUACGCGCUAGGCAAUUUCCUCGCGCACAAAACGGCCAGCGUAGACGUGCCUCGACAGAGGCGGCGCGCGCGUUUUCCUCACACGAGCCCCGUUUUGUGCGCGAGUGUGGACCCGCCUAAUCAAGACAUAAUAUUGAUCAGGAUUCUGUUAUAGCAAGUUUUAAUGUAAUUUACUGUAGCGAAGGGGUAAGUCAAAUUGCACUGCAUUUUUGAUAGCAUUCAUAAGAUCCUAGUAAGGAUUUCUGUAUUAAGCAAAUAAGUAAUUCCAUUUUAGCCUCAAGGGCAAAAAUACCCAAAAAAUAUCUUAGUAAAUAUGUAAUUAAAUAAAUGUCUAAAGUGUAUUAAAACUAUGUUACAAAGUGAGAGCAAAAGAUUACUUGUUUUGAGUUUCAUGCUUAGCUGAGACAACUAAACUGAUAGAUAUACAAAAUUUAAAGAAAGUAAUGAGCCUGGAAACUAAAAACUUAACUAGCUAGCCACUAAUGUGCUUUGUCAUGUUGGACAAUCGCAAAAAGGUAAAUCAGGUUAAAUGCAACUAAGGGGUUAUUGCGUCUUUAACAAUUUGAAACAAGAACUCCUACUCAUCUAGUGAUUAAAGUCUGAGCUACUUGGAAAUAAAAUAACAUAGAUGGUGUUCCUACCAAUUGUAUUAAAAAUAUCGAUACGAACAAAGUUCCAAAAAUAUGUAAAUACUACCUUGAUGUAUGGGCAAUAAGGUCGUUUAUACAAUCUUUUGGCACUUUGUUCGUAUCGAUAUUAUUAGACGUGACUGUACAUACUUUUGAACUUUGAAUGUCUAUUAAUUUGGUUGUCUUUGGUGGAAAUAGCAAGUAAGGCCGUGAAUGGACGCGCGCGAUGCGGGGACGUAAGCUGCCGCCGCUGUCACACGAAACAGAGGGCCUACCGCGAACCACGUUCGUGUUGCCUCUCUGUCGCACUCGUAAAUUCGUACGUAAGUGUGACAGCGAGGCAACACGUCUAACGUGGUUCGCGGUAGCCCCUCAGGUUCAUUCACGAUUAUAUAUUUUGAUCGUACCGCUCUGAACCUAGCGGCGCGAGCAGUGGUUCGCGCGUCACAAUCAGAAUGUAUACUUUUGCAGCGGCUGGCCGCACCGCUCGCCGCGCCGCGUGCGUUCAUUCUGCGGCCUAAGGGUUCUGUAAAUAUUGUAGUUCAUGUAAGCCAUAAUUAUCAGAUAAGGAAAAAUAGUGACAACCAAGCCCAUUACAUUAUUGUAUAACUUGGCACUAAAAGUGCAUUUUUAUAAUUUAAUAUUUGUUUGCCAGUUUUUAUUGAAAUCUAGAUCUGGAGCGAAUUUGCUUUUACUUCUCAUUCAGUUCCUGUACUGGUAAUAGUGAUAUUAUUCUUAAGUUGUUUAUUAAGUUAAAAAAUAGCUUAGUAUUAAGUUCAAUCAUUUGGUGAUAUGUACAAAACAUUGACCUCUUCUUAAACAGUUCACAAUUCAAAUUAUUAUGAUAAUAAAUCAUCAUAAAUGUGAAUCAAAUUUAGUAAACUAUUACUAAGCUUCCACAGUUCCAAAUUAGGUAUUUUAAAUGUUUGAGCCUUAAUACAUGGAAGACUAUUAAUGUUGGGUUUUAAAAGUUUCUAAUCAAUAGUUUACAGGGCCUAUCAAGGAUACAUCAUUCAACCCGUAUUCAUUCGUUACAUGAACGAAAAAAAAACAUUGUUUGUUUAACUUCUAACAUUCUUUACCAUUUAUGGUGCGAGGAUGGCCUUGAUAAUAUACCUGUAUUUAUUUGGAAUUAGUAACAGAUCAAUCCUUUCAAAUAUCCACCUUAAUGACUGAGCAAAAAGAUACUAAUUUUAGUAACAUUUAGUCAGCUAUUCAUAACAUGUUAAUAUAACACAUUUGCGCUUUAUAAGGUGAAUGACUUGUUACGUCAGACCUUUAAAUAUCUCUGGUCUGACGUGAGAUACCAAGGAAUUGCGUCAUCUUUCAUUCUUGAAACUGGUUCAAAACAUGUUUAAAAUUGGCGCCUACCUGCCCUAGAACAAGUUGCGCGAAUAUUCCGCUAGAUGGCAGCUUUCAAGCUUGAAUGUUCUGAAUAUGUACAGUACUGAUACUUUUUCUUUACGUACAGUUAAAAUUAAAGAGGUGUUUAAAAACAAUAUAAAUUCAGUGUAGUAAACACAUCAUUUUUGUCUUAUUGUGUAGAUAAUGUAAGUUAAAAAGUAAAUAGACAAAUCAUUCUGUUUUUAAAUCUAUCCAGUGUUUUAUACCUAUCGAGUCUUGAACAAUUUGACUACCUAGGUUUUAAGUUUUACUUUAAUUGCCUUGUAGUUGUAGCUUUUUAUGUUAAUUGUAAGCAAUGUGUAGACUUCAGGUUUCAAUUUGUAUAUCAAGUUGCUAAAAUUUUAAAGAUCUUCCCAUUGCAUAUUUGAUUAGAUUCUGUGAAUCGUCAGUUAUUAUUAUUACAGUUUUUGUGAUAAUUCUUUAUUGUAAGAAAAUGUGUCGAAAGUUGGAUGGUGAUUAAAAAAAGAAAUGUAAUAAGA